AUGGCGUCGGCGACGACGGUGAACGAGAACGAUCACGACGCGCGGUACGAAGCGGUGAACGACGCGUUGCUCGGCACGGGGUCGUACGGGUACACCAAGCUCAUGCGCGAACGGGCGACGGGGAAGAUGUACGCGCUGAAGUACAUUGAGCGCGGGGAGAAGAUCACCGAACACGUGCGGCGAGAGAUUACGAAUCACAGAAAUCUGUCGCAUCCGAAUAUAGUAAAGUUUAAGGAGGUGUUAGUGACGCCGACGCACCUGGCGGUGGCGAUGGAGGCGGUGGGCGGGGGGGAAUUGUUCGGGUACGUGCAGCAGCAGGGUUCGUUCACCGAGUCGCAGGCGAGGUAUUUCUUCCAACAUCUCAUCUCUGGGGUGGAGUAUCUGCACAACAUGCGAAUCUCGCACCGAGAUUUGAAACUCGAGAAUACGUUGGUGGAUCUCACGACGACGCCGGUGCUGAAAAUUUGUGAUUUCGGGUUCUCAAAGGGCGGAUUCGAUAGCCAGCCAAAAACACAAAUCGGGACGCCGGCGUACAUCUCCCCAGAGGUGUACAGCGGGGCACAGCCGUACGACGGGGCGGCUUCGGACGUUUGGGCGUGUGGGGUCUUACUGUACGUCAUGUUAGUGGGGAGAUACCCGUUCUCGGACCCGCAAGAUCCGAACAACUCGCACAAAAUGAUGCAACGCGUUCUCCAAGCGAGGUUUGCGUUACCUAAGGAUAUGACAGACGAGUGCAAGGAUUUGCUCACGAAAAUCUUCAACGUCGAUCCGAGGAAGAGACUUACCGUGGCUGGAAUUUAUCAUCAUCCCUGGUUUUUGCACGAUUUGUCACCGAACGUGCCACUCGGACCGAAGCAACCGGGACCGCUGGCACCGGACACGGAGGGGCUGCAAAGCCUUGAUGACAUCAACGCCGUCAUCGACGUCGCUCGCGAGCCACCGGCGAAGUCAUCGAGUCCAUGGGGGUACGAUGAAAUUGAUGGGGAAGUGAUAGACGAUGGAAGUUAUCUUGAUGACGACUAUUAA